AUGGUCUCGAUCUCCAUGCGCAGCUGGGAAGGGGAGAAAGGGAGUGGGGAGUGGGGGAAGGGGAGUCAAGAGAGGAGAAAGGAAGUGGGGGAAGGGGAGAAUCUUUUCAAGAGAGGAGAAAGGAGUGGGGAAGUGGGGGAAGGGGAGAAUCUUUUCAAGAGAGGAGAAAGGAGUGGGGAAGUGGGGGAAGGGGAGAAUCUUUUCAAGAGAGGAGAAAGGAGUGGGGAAGUGGGGGAAGGGGAGAAUCUUUUCAAGAGAGGAGAAAGGAGUGGGGAAGUGGGGGAGGGGAGAAUCUUUUCAAGAGAGGAGAAAGGAGUGGGGAGUGGGGGAAAUCUUUUCAAGAGAGGAGAAAGGAGUGGGGAAGUGGGGGAAGGGGAGAAUCUUUUCAAGAGAGGAGAAAGGAGUGGGGAAGUGGGGGAAGGGGAGAAUCUUUUCAAGAGAGGAGAAAGGAGUGGGGAAGUGGGGGAAGGGGAGAAUCUUUUCAAGAGAGGAGAAAGGAGUGGGGAAGUGGGGGAAGGGAGAAUCUUUUCAAGAGAGGAGACAGGAGUGGGGAAGUGGGGGAAGGGAGAAUCUUUUCAAGAGAGGAGGAAAGGAGUGGGGAAGUGGGGGAGCCCGAAGGCGUUGGGGAAUGAGCCACCGUCCUGCAAUGGUCUCGAUCUCCAUGCGUGCUGGGGAGGAAGGGGUGGGGGGGAAGUGGGGAGCAAUGCGGGCACCCACAUUGCUAAAGAAGGGGGUGGUGAUGAUGGUGAUGGUAAUGCCAACCUAGUGCAUGCAUGCGAACCAGUGAGUGCGGGCACGCACCUUGCUAAAGAAGGGGAUGGUGAUGAUGGUGCGGAAGUAGGGGUGGCAAUGCGCGGCACCCACCCAGUCAGGGAGGCGGUUGCCGAGGCGGAAGAGGCUGUGCGUGAAGAGACCCUCCCCGUGCUGCUCGUGGUAGUAGGGCAGACUAUGAAAAUCAAGAGGAGGAGCAGAGAGAGAGAGAGAGAGAGAGAGAGAGAGAGAGAGAGAGAGAGAGAGAGACGAGGGAGAGAGAGAGAGAGAGACGAGAGAAAGAUAGAGAGAGAUGAGAGUAAAGAGAGAGAGAGAGAGACGAGAGAGAGAGGAGACGAUGAGAGAGAGAGAGACUGA